AUGCAAGCCAUUGUCCUCACUCCUCACUCCACUCAAAGCCUCGAGAAUUGGUCGUAUUGGCUGAGAGUGGUUUCCAUCUGGGAGCAACUCAUUGAGGCACGACUCUUCCCAGCAUCUUGGAAGCGGCCAGAGACAGCGUUCACUUUCACUGCUUUGCGGCAUUUCCACAUCCUGUCGCUCACCUCGAAAAUCACGCCUUAUGACUAUGUUCGCUCCCUUUCCAAACUGACUGACAGCGUCUUUCCUCAAGAUGUUGAGAAUCGUCUCCGGGAGUUCCAACGAGCGAUGCGCUUCUGGCGAUCAUUUACCCUGCAAAGACGAACUGGACAAGCAUAUCCAUGGGACCGUUAUGUCCCUCAUCGCAAUCCCCACUCACUCACCAUCCGCUGCCCGGCAUGUCCGGAAGUCGGCUACAACAUGACGAAGGAAGAAAUGGAUAAUAUUCCGGAGGACAAGAGGCACUUAGGCACCAAAUUCAACUCACUCGAUGGAAACUUCAAGCUCCAACGGAAGAAAAAACCGAAAAAAGAAGACCCCGAAGAUAUCGCUAUAAAUGAUGGUGACGCCUAUUGCGUUGACUCAAAGUUGGUCAAAGCGUACAUUGAUGCUGCUCGACCACCCGAUGAUUUCAAGCCCGAGGGCAAUUGUAAUCACCUUCGAGCCGACCGCUUGCAGGAUAUUGCGAAACUGAAGACGAUGGACGUGACUGGGGUUGUUGCGUGUCAGUGUGCUAGACAUGGGCUUUUUGAGCCAGGUGGAAUUGUCGAUCUAAAGAAGGGCGAAGCAUAUGUGUAUACCGAUCUGGCACUACUCAAAUCAGUGUCUGAAUACAGCAAUAUUCGCUGGAUCGUAGUGACCUACGAUAUCUGGUGCCAGUACCAUAUCAAUCUUGCACCACGAACACAAGAGAUUUUCAAGAAAAUGGCCAUCAUCGUCCAACGCAUCACCGGCGCGAUUCCGAAAAUGCAUAUCCACAAUCAUAAAGACCUGUGCGGCAUUCUUUGGAAUCUGAACUGGUUGGCGAAUAUGGGUCUGACCGUUGGGGAGCUAAUUGAGGCUGUCUGGGCCGAGCUUAAUAUUAUUGCAGCAAGUACGCGGGAAAUGAAUGCAGGAAAUCGGCACGACUCCAUUGACGAUGCGUGUGUAAGCUGGAACUGGGAUAAACUUGUUCAUAUGGCGGACACCCUGACUCGACUGUACAUUACUGCCAACUCCGAACUCCGUCGCUGCCAAACAGCACUUGAUGGGAUUGUUGCUUCUGUCCCUGAGGAAAUCGUAGCAAGUUGGAACAAGAUGGACAUCUCUCCGCAACUUGAUUCCAAAGGCGAUCUUGUGUAUAGCGUCUUCCAAGUCAAUUUUGGGACUGAUGUACCCACGCAACAAGCUGCCUAUGCAAAAAUGAAGCAGGAGGAACGGGAACGUGAGAAGUCCCAAGGCGAAGCAUUAGCAGAAGCGAAGAGUGAUACUGACCUUGUUGCAUUGGGAUUAUGGCACGAAAACCAGCAGUUUGUAUUCCCCUCAGUUUGUUCACAGCUCAUUAAUUUCCUCAGAAUCAAAGUGCGUCGCCUGGUCAAGGCCAAGGCUGAUGCAGUGGUGCUACGGGUACAGCGAACAAAACUUGCUGAAGAUAUUCGUGACUAUCACGAAUUGAUGCUCGAGCGUGUUCCAUUAGCCAAAACCUUCAUUGGCAGUGUUAACUUUGACCAGCCAGAGCAUUCACCCCUUUUCAUUCCCUCGGACUUCGACAUCAACCAGCGCAAGCACUUCGAAAUUAUGGAUCUUGCUCAUAUCGAGAUGGAACUCCGAGUUGGAGCAGCGUACGAGAAGAUAUUUCUCAUUCGAAUACAAACAUCCAGGGUCAGAAUGCGGCAACCCGGCGCACAAAAGUAUCUACGAAACCUUGAUAACGACACCCAAAUCGAAGCGACUGGGUAUAUGGCUCAUCUUCUCGCCCUUCACAAACUCGGAUUGCCAAAACAUCAUCCCGACUUGAAGCCAUUGGAACGAUCACACUUGUAUGGGACUGAUGGAAAGCCCCUUGUGCCAGGAUCGCGGAAAGCACAGGAGUCAUGGAUAUGGGCAGCAGGUAGGCGGGAAGGCAGCUCAAUUCAGGACAGCGCUGCAUGGUCACGAGAACUCGAUCGAGUCAAAUACUUCCAACGUCGGGCUUUUCGAGACCGAUGCCUUGAAGAGAUUGAGAUUAUACGUGAAGAAUUCACUCGGGUUAGACGGGCCUUCUUGAAAACGGCUGAUAUCUGGUCCCUUCUCUCAGAAUCCCCCGAUGUUCCCGAACCUGGUCGACGGGCGUAUGCCAUCAAGCAGGCCAAUCAGUACAUGGGAUUGGCGGUGCGCUUAGAGAAGACGAUGGACCUCAUACCAGAGAAGUUACGAGAGGCAGAAAUGAAGGAGCAGCGGCAGGUUGAGAAAGAGACGCAAAGACUGGCAGCUCUGAUGGCUAAAAAGGCGGCAAAGCAAAAGAUCGCACCGGAAGAGGACGAGGAGCUGUGGGAGGCUGAUGCAUUGCUUAAGACUUGA